AGCACUCAUACCAAUCGUCACUGCAGUUCAAUUUCAGCCAUUCAGUAGGAAAAAUCGUAAAAAAUGGCUAAAUUUAUAUUGUUCUUAAUACCACUAUUACUACAAGGUCAGGCCGAUAUCUCACCGACCCUUGGCCUAAACCUAACCCGCCCGUACUUGAUUCGUGUGUCCAAGUUUAUUUGCGUUGAGCAACCGUACAAGAACACGGAAGUGCAUAUUUGCAACAUCAAAUUGCACCGGAACAAGCCGGCCAGCUUGAAUUUGCACUUUACAUUUACUAAACCGACUAAAAUUAUGCAUCUGGCUUUUACGAUGUUCUAUAAGUACACGACUUUCCAGCCUUUCCUCAUGCAGUUCGACAUAGAUUUGUGUCAUUACUUUAGCGAGCAAAGGGGCAAAGGUAUUAACAAAAUCGCCGAUUUUGUCAUUGAUUUUGCGACGUCACAGGUCAGUUGGAUUGACCGCUGUCCGUACUACGGCCGCUAUAAUAUCACCAAUUUUCAGGUAACCCCGGACAUUAUGCCAAAGUUUUUGCCAGCUGGAGAUUAUCGCUUGGACGCUAGACAUUAUGACGAAAGCAAUAAUACUUGGAUGUAUUUUCAAAUAUUCUAUAGUGUGCGCGCCAAAGGUUUGAUCGACUUAUCAAUGGGAUAGAAUGUCGUUUUUAAUAUAUUCCAUACCUCCUUGGCUCAAUAACCUUGAAUAAAUUUUUAAAAAUAACAGAGAAAUUUUUAGCUGUCUGUGUAGGUAACGGCUUAAACAGACAUAUUGACUCCUGAAUCCUUCCAUCCCUCCAUCUUAUUGUAAGGUAUGCACUUUGGAAGAAACCGGUCAAGAAAAAUUUCAAAUGGGCAGCAGCGGUAGUGAAAGCAAGCCAGAGAGGGUGAAGAAAAGCUCCAAGAAAACGUUCCCUCUCUUUUGUUGACCCCCUUUCUUUCGAAGAGCAUACCGGCCCUAUGUUGGAAAGAAUGAUUUGACGUUGCGAGACAAAAACUAAACUUAAUCAGCAAUACUUCAGUACUCUAGUGCAUGUUAGUCAUGCAUCGGCACGUGUUAAUGCAGAUCAGCACUAAGAUUGUAGCACUCAGUAUUGCUGACUAAGUGCUGCUUAAGUGCCGGUGCUGGCAACUGUGUUCAUCAGUUUUCUCAAAACUGGCAACUAGGCGUUGCCCACGUAGGAAGAGAGAGUGAGAUAGCAUGUCUUCAUGCAGAAUUGUCAUCAUUUGCUCACUUCAUUUAUUUGGGUUUACUGGCUUUAAAAAAUAAUGUAAGUACUAAAUUCAUGUAUAAAAUUUUAUAAUUUUACUAAAAUGCUAUGUAUUUUCAGAAACCUCUUCUUGGUUACUCAUCUUACUUCCUGACUUGAUAUAUUACAGCAGAUUCAGCGAUAGAAAUUAGCAUAUUUUUCCGGGAGACGUCAACGUCGAAAUCGAGGUCGAAAUCCUUUUUCAAAAGAACCAGCCGGUGAAGUUGACAUGCAGGCCAGGAUGUGCCAAGAAAGCCAUCAUUGGAAAACAAAAUCAACUCCAAGGAACGUCUGGUAUUAAAGUGUGUUGAUGGCUAUAAUUUCCGGAAACUUCCCGUAAUUUUCCCCGUGGGCUUGUUUCAAGUGUUUGUUAUUUCUUGCGUGUUUUUCAUUUGUGUAAAAUAAAAAUAUGAAAAAUAGUUU